AUGAGCAUCACGUUCCUUCCUUCAGCUCAAAGAGGUGUUCCAAAACGGCCUGCAGAACUGUGUGCCAGCCACACCUGUACCUACCACUCCACAAACUACAACUGCAACAUCAACAGAAUUAAACAGCUCAACCACAUCUACAACUACAACUGCAUCUACAGCUACAUCAACAGCUACAACAUCAAAUGCUACAACAACAACAGCUACAACAUCUACAACUGCAACAUCAACAGCUACAACAUCAACAGCUGCAACAUCGAAUGCUACAACAUCUACAUCAACAGCUACAACAUCAACAGCUGCAACAUCUACAGCUGCAACAUCGAAUGCUACAACAUCUACAUCAACAGCUACAACAUCUACAGCUACAUCAACAGCUUCAACAUCUACAGCUGCACCAUCUACAGCUACAUCAACAGCUACAACAUCUACAGCUACAUCAACAGCUACAACAUCUACAGCUGCACCAUCUACAGCUACAUCAACAGUUACAACAUCUACACCUGCAAAAGCAACAACUACAACAUCUACACCUGCAACAUCUACAGCUGCAAAAUCAACAGCUACAUCAACAACUGCAACAUCUACAGCUGCACCAUCUACACCUGGAACACCUACAGCUGCAAAAUCAACAGCUACAUCAACAACUGCAACAUCUACAGCUGCAACAUCUACACCUGCAACAUCUACAGCUCUGCAAAAUCAACAGCUACAUCAACAACUGCAAAAUCAACAGCUACAUCAACAGCUACAACUGCAACAUCUACACUUGCAACAUCAACAGCCGCGACAUCUACAUCGCCACAGGAUACUAGCACAACUAUAGCUGCAACAACAGAGGCAACGUCAACCCAGCCCAGAAAAACUACAACUACAACAAUUCCAUCAACUAUUGAAGUUGUAGUGCAGACUAUCAUUGUAACAGCUUCUCCAACCACUGUGUCCACCGGUUCGCCUGCUGAAAAUGAAGCAAAUAUCAAACCGACAAACGUUCCAAAUGGCAAUCAGGCAAACAAGCCACGUGUAGUACGUGAGUUAAAGGACAGAUCGGUACAAACCAGUCGGAUCAGCAAACGCCAAACAACUGGGAUAUUUCAAGGUCUUAACACUACAUGCUCUCAGAUUACAAACAAAAACGCCAACUGUAAUGUGAUACUGAGGGUGAAUCAAAGAGUGCUUCCAUGUUGUAUUCUAAGUACGCUCUGUAAAGCCAGUGAAUCAUCCCUUGAGUUUGAUGUGGUUGGAAGAAAAGUAGACAUAAUCAAGCCACUACAUGAAUGUGAUACUGAUCCACAAGAGGAAAACAGCUGCACUUAUAAAGGUGGAGCCAGUCAAUCAUGCAAAAAUGGAGAAACUUUGCUUAUAGAUAAGAUGUGUGAUUCGCAGACCACCACACUGGGACCAAAUGGUACAACCAUACAACCAAACACCACCAUGUCUGUCAAUGUAACAACAACGCCACUGAACACGACAACCAAUGCCACAGUUCCACUUAACACAACUACAACCCCCACAGAUGCUGAAGGCCAAGCCAACGCACUGCUGGAUCUGACCAAAGACGUAUCCAAGCUGAACUCCAGCCAGAUCAAUCAGCUGGUGUCUCUACUGGAGAGGCUUCUGUCAGGGCCCAACGUCAGCCUGGCGCUGGGGAACACCUCCGUCCAGAUUGUCAGCAAUCUGCUGGGUGCUACUCCUGAAGUGUUGUCUGAAUCCUCCAACAGGAUUAUUGGUAUUGUUGAUACCGUGGGGAAUAAACUGGUCCUGGAGGAAGCAGAGGAGACUCUCCUGUCCCCUGAUGUGGCUCUGUCUGUGAAACCAGCAGAUGGCACUAACUUUCAGGAAACUGUUUUCUCCGUGUUAAACCCCAAUGAUGUACAGCUAACAGGGAGUUCCCGGCAAAGCAGGCGCGUGAGAGUAGACUCCUCCAUCCCCCAGGGCUCCAUCAGGCUGCCGCCGUCUCUCACACAGAACCUCAGCGCUGAGGCGCAGCAGCUGGCCUCAAGAGUCCUGUUCAACUUCUACCAGAAGAGCACCGUGUUUCAGGACAAAUCUUUGGGAGAGCGCAGACUCAUCAGUGGGAUCCUCGGAGCGAGUGUUGCCAACUUGUCAAUCUCCAACCUGCAGGAUAAUGUUGUGAUUAACCUGAGAAACACAGAGCCCAUUCCUGCUAAUUAUGUGGCUACGUGUGUUUUCUGGGACUUUUCGAUGAAUGAUAGGUCGGGUGGUUGGAAUCCAGAUGGCUGCUCUGUCCAAAACAGCACAGACGAUGAGACAAUUUGUGGCUGCAACCAUUUAACCAGUUUUGCCAUCUUGCUGGAUCUCGCUAGGACUCCUCUGACCAGUCGUGUCCAGGCUACCAUCCUCACAUUCAUCACAUAUAUCGGCUGUGGAGUCUCUGCCAUCUUCCUGGCCAUCACCCUGCUCACCUAUUUGGCUUUUGGAAAGUUGCGUAAAGACAUCCCAUCCAAAAUCCUGAUCCAGCUGUGCCUUGCACUCCUGCUGCUCAACCUGGUCUUCCUCGUUGAUGCUUGGCUGGCUCUCUACCACGCUGCGGGCCUCUGCAUCUCCACCGCCUGGGUUCCUGCACUACUUCUUGCUGUUUCUUUCACCUGGAUGGGGCUGGAGGCUGUCCACAGGUACCUCGCCCUGGUGAAAGUCUUCAGCUACAUAUCACGCUACAUGCUGAAGUUCUCGCUGGUUGGCUGGGGCGUCCCGAUGAUUGUGGUUAAUGUCAUUGCUAUUGACAAGAAUAACUACGGGCUGAUCUCCUAUGGGAGUUCUGAUGGCAGUACUGAUGAAUUCUGCUGGAUCAAGGAUGAAAUCGCCUUCUAUGUGGCAUGUGGUGGCAUACUUCGGUGUCAUUUUUCUCUCAACCUGGUCAGUUUCGUCGUGGUGUUGGUGAGCCUGUGUCGGAUCAAGAGACAGAACUCCAAUACAAUUCACCGCACAACAAUGCGGGAUGUACGCAGCGUGGCGGGGAUCACCAUCCUCCUGGGCCUCACGUGGGGCUUUGCCUUCGCCUGGGGGCCUGUUAACCUGGCGUUUAUGUACCUCUUUGCCAUCUUUAACUCCCUGCAUGGUUUCUUUAUAUUUGUGUUCCACUGUGCGGUGAAGGAAAAUGUAAGAAGACAGUGGAGGACGUACCUGUGCUGUGGCAGGAUGAGACUGGCAGAGAACUCUGAGUGGAGUCGCACUGCUACACAGAAGACUAUGAAGAAGUCAUCAGUGACCAGACUAACAUCUGAACGUUCAUCAAAGUUGUCCAAGUCCAACCACUCCAGCUCCUCUUUCCUCGUCACAGACUCCACAGAGCAUCUUAAUGGCAUCGGCAGCCCAUUUGACGACCGAGCGAUCACAGCCAACGAAGAGCCAAGCACAGACGUGAUCCUCAAUGAGAUCAACAGGCAGUGCAGAGACCAACAAGCAUCCUGAUACACAGACAAAACAGACUUUUGAAGUAUUUGUAUAUAAUGUAAAUGAACAGAUAUUUAUGCACCAUGAAUUUAAAUCUUCUAAAUGAUUUGUUAUGAGCAACAAAAAAGUCUAUUUUACUCUCAUGUUUCUCUAAUGUGUUUGCACAAAU